CAUUCUACACUCUCACAACUUUAAUCCCAGCACUCCUUGACCCUCAAAUGCGCUAACCUCGAUUCUACGGUAACAUUAUCUUUAAAAUCCUUCUUCUUCAUAAUCAACUCUUUCAUGCGAUUUUCGUGCUUCCCCAAAGCGGCUGCAUGACCGAACGAUUGUUCCUGCAACAAAUUAACACUAUAACAACACAAAAACCCCACAAACGUGCAAUAACUCACAGAAGUCAAAAAAGAAUGCCUCAAAUAAAACAUGUUUUUCUCUUCGAUCUCGAAAUCGUUUCUCAACUUUUGAACGUCGUCCCUCUUCACCGGCUUCACGAUUCUGUGCUUCCCCGUGUAAAUAUUACCGUGGGGCAUGUUUUUUCUCCUGAGUAACGCUUGAAACAGCCUCAUUUUGCUAUUUUGACGAUUAACAUAACCUCAAUUCGUCGUCUUCUUCUUAUAGCUGUUCAUUUGAACUACGAUUUGACAUAACCUCACUUUAUACAUAUAACCUCAAUGAAUUGUGCACAAUGUUGUUUAAAAAGUUAACAAUAACGCUAUUUAACACUGGAAAAGGUUACGGUUUUUUUAAUCAAAGCCGUUUCGUGCAUUUUAACCUUAAAAAUAAUGGUUUGUCGUUUCUGCAAAAUGAUGUGAUGAAAUUUCGUCAUAAUACAGUGAAACAUCUGCAAAUAUACAAUUUCGCGAAUCAAAGUAACGAUAAUUUGAGCUCGAUGCAGAUAAAAAAGAGGCCGGUGAGGAAAAAAAAGUCAAUUGAAGUGGAUAAGGAUGUUUCGGGGUUGUUUAACGUUGUAGCUUACGCUACGAGUGAAGAGUACAACUUGGAGGCAUUAUUAGAGGGUUUGAGGAAGCAGGACUUAUACGAACCGAGAUUAAUAGAGAACACGGAAGUUGUUCAUGCUGUUGCCAAAAUCAAAGUUGACAAUGAAUCAAGGGAAAUUUUCUUCUUUAAGGAAGGAAGCGUUGUUCUAUGGAACGUUACAGAUUUAGAAAGCAGCAAUUUGCUGGCUUUUCUCAAAAAAUACCAGCAGGACAGCUAUUCCGAGAAAAUGGUGCAAAGUGAAAGUGAAAUUAUGAAUUAUAAGUACCAAUUGGGAGAAAGCAAAGCCAGCAGCUUGGAUAAAGACGGAAACUUUAUUCUUUCACUGGAAAAAGACAGCAUAACUUUGGACAAAUACACUUUUUCCAAUGCGAUGGUUUUGUCCGUGAAAUUGGGCAUUUGGGAGGCUUUCCUGGAUAAAUACAUCGACACGAUAGAAAGCGUGACGGAAGACUUGAAGUUCGGCAAAAAAAUCCAGAUGACCAGGGAGGAGGUUUUACGCAAACACGGGGAAUUGUUCGCGCUACGUCACUACUUAAAUUUGUCCUCUGACGUUCUGGACACCCCUGAUUUUUACUGGGAAAACGAGCACCUGGAAAAUCUCUACAAUCAAGUGUCAUCGUACUUUUGCAUAAACAAAAGAACCAAGGUUAUGAAUGAGAAAAUCAAUCACUGUGUGGCUUUAAUAGAGUUGUUGAGUGGGCAUUUAAGCGAUAAACACCACAUAAGAUUGGAGUGGAUGAUAAUCGUACUAAUUAUGGUUGAAGUUGGUUUUGAAGUAAUACAUUACGUUGACAGAUAUUAUUCCUAUGACAAUGGGGAGGCCAAAAAAGCACAGAAACAACUUAGUUUAAGUUAAAAAGCAUUUUAUUUGUUACAUUUGUUACACAAUAUUUGAUUAUACAUAUUAAAGUGAAUUUGAUAGUUAUCUUGUAUUAUUCUUAUAUCACAAUUUUAUAAUUCUAUAAUGGAAUUCAAAAACGUCUCCCCGUUUAUCAGCUUUGUUGUUGCUAUCACAAACUCCACGUUGCAGUCUUCCUGUUGAGAUAAAAAUCUCAAAGCAGAUAUCUAAAAUGUCAAAAAAUUUCAAAUCUUUCUAAUAAUAUUCUACCUUGGAACGACACCGAUGCAUUUGAACUACUGUCAGUUUCAGCUCGAGGAAACUGGCAGUAGUUCAAAUGCACCCGGUGUCGUUCCUAGGUAGAAUAACUCACCUCUGCGAAGGUGCACCCGCCGACGAAAAAAACGAGCACGACCCUGGUCUGAUCGUUGUUUAUGGCGAUGGGAUUGGCUGGGUCGCUUUGCGACUGAACCAGCGGCGACUCGUCCAGAGUGGGGCCGGGGAGCAGCCCCAGAACGUCCUGCAGCUGACGGAGGCCCCCUUUUUUGGUCACCUGCUCCACCAGGCGCACGCUCAGCGGGGCGUACACGCUGUGCACGUAGCUAAUGUCCGACGGGUUUAUCUCGGAAGUGUCCUCCAUCGUCAAUCGCAUC